ACUGCUGUUAACCGUUUGAUUAUCACUGAAGCUCUGGGUUAAAUUGAUAAAGUGCAGUGAUUUUUGAAGCGAUUAUUUCUACAACAUUGAGCAAGCAGAUAAGCAUUCAAAGGAGUGUCGAUGGCAUCAUUCUACAAUCUGGAUUUGCAACAAUAUUUCUCAUAAAAAGAGAAUCAAUUUAUCACUGCCAUUCCAAGUCAUCCCCAUACCGGCUAGUCGUUACUGUAUUCACUGUAUAUGUGUGGUCACGAAAUAUUUCAACAAUCUGUCCGACAAUAAUCGUCACUGUCAAAAUAACAUAACACAUCGUCCUCAUCACAAUAUUUCCCUAUACCGUUGUUGUCAAAAAUUUGUAAAUUAUGUCUGAAGAUAUCAUCUGCGUUUCGUGUAAGAAGGAAGAAAAAGACUCAAAGAAAGUGAUUGAGUGCGUACAGUGUCACAAGUGUGAACACUUCAAGUGUCGUAACAUAUUUGGAAGUGCAGUUCGUAAAUUGAAAGAAAAAGACUUCUUUUGUUCGGCGGAUUGUCAGGACUUGUUCCAGCGAGCUUCACGGACUCCGGCAGCUGAUUCCGAAAUAUCCCGUGAGUUGCAUGCUCUUCUCCUUGAGGUAAAAGCUACACGAUCGGAGGUCCAUGACAUGCACAACACGAUCACCGAAAUGGAAAAGUUUCAAGACUUUCUUUCACAAAAAUUGGAUACGCUGCUAUCAGAGGUGCAAUCACUGAAAACGGAUCAGGCUACUAUGAAGGCAGAGGCGGACAUAAUGCGGAAAAAACAUCAUGAUCUAUGCUGCACUGUCAACGAGCUGGAGAUGGAGGUCGAGCGGCUGAACCGAAUGAACUUGUCAAAGAAUAUGAUUGUGCUGGGGAUACCAACUAAGAAAGACGAGAAUAUCAAGCAGAUCAUCGGAAAAGUGUCCUCUGCGAUCGGCUACGAUCUGCCAGAGGAGGCGAUCCUAGAAGCAAAGCGACUGUCUUCAAGCGAUGCAAAACUGCGUACAACCGAAUCGAUUCCAAUAAAAGUUGUAUUCGUGGCCGAACGGUACAAAGAGGAGCUUCUAGCCAAGAAACGGAUUUUCGGUCCUUUACUGUCUGCAGCGGUGGAUACUGUUCUAUCGGACGGUCAAAGAAAGGUUGUUUUGAGAGAUGAACUAACACCACGCAGUAUGGAGCUGUAUAAACAAGUGAGAGAGAUUCAGGAUAGUUUGAACUUCAAGUAUGUAUGGCCAGGCCGGAACGGAAUUAUUCUAGCGAAAAAAACGGAAAAAUCGAAAACUGAGUUCAUCCGCACUCGGCAUGAGUUAUUGGGAUUGCAGCGAAGCGGGGCAAAGAGGAAUUUGGAUACUUCAUCAUCUAACUGCGGCAUUCAAACGUCGCCCGUAUUGGAACCGGCUGCAAAGCGACGUUAAACGAAGGCCCCCGUCCUGUGGACUCCAUAAAUAUAAAUUUCAAUCCGCCACCCAUCACCACCCAUCAUGCAUCGCCACCCACCAUCACACAUUGCCACCUACCGCCAUCCAUCGCCACCUGCCACCUAUAUCAACCAAUCACCACGCACUGCAAAUUACCACCAUUCGUCGCAGCUUUCCAUUACCAUCAAUUGUAACUCGGUCAACUGAAUUUAAAUUGUGUUAUAUCUAAUGUAGCAAAACUAUGAAGUACCUUCUUUAAAGAGAAAAAAUUCUCACUGAAGGUACCAAAUAUUGUAUGUAUGAUUGAAAAGAUGAGGAGGUUUUAUGCCUCUGGGAGAAGGUGCU